CAUCCUUGUCAUUCCAUGCUUUUCUCUGGUCAAAUCCUCUCCUCGAAAUCCUGGACCUUGGAGGGAAAGUAAAAAGAAUUUGUUUAUUCUUCUGCAUUCUGUUGUUUCGAGUGCUUGUUUAUUUUCAUCGGAGAUUUUCGCCUCCGCCUCUUGACGUUCAAUCUCCAUUUCAAAGAUGCACGACCUUCUAUCAGGUUCCUUUGAUAUCCCCAGACGUCAACCUUCAAGUAGUAGAGAUGUUGAAUUGGGCGCACCACCUCCAACGAGUUCAGGAGAUUUUGGCUUAGAGAAUUUCUUUAAGCAGGUUGAAGAUAUUGAGAAACAAAUUGAUAAGCUCAACAAGCUAUUGAAAAAGCUCCAGGAUGCAAAUGAAGAUUCAAAAUCUGUAACAAAGGCUGUUGCCAUGAAGGCAAUCAAGCGGCAAAUGCAGAAAGAUGUGGAUGAAGUUGGAACAAUUGCUCGUUUUGUAAAAUCAAAAAUUGAAGCGCUUGAUAGAGAAGUAAUGCGAUUUAUUCCAUUCCUCGUAUUUAUUUUCUGUGGUUGA